AUGGAGAUUUCCAGUUUAGAAUGUUUCUGAACUAUCACGAUUCGCCGAAAUCCUCCCCGUCGAGCAAGACCAACGCCAUCGAAAACCCUACCAGUCUCCAAUUUUCCUUUGAACGACAUUUUAUCAAUAGAUAUCGACAGUAAUCAAAGUCCAAAAUAUUUGUCGAUCAAAUCCCCAAAUCAUUCGGAUUCUCUAAAUGUUUUUCUUCGGGUACGACCGAUUCAAGAGGUGUAUGAGAAGCUGAUAAAGCCUAUAGUUGAAGGGUUUCUCAACGGAAGAAGUGGGCUUUUAACUACUUUAGGGCCUAGUGGUUCUGGGAAAACUCACAUAGUUUUUGCAUCUAUCAAAGAACCCGGUUUGGUGCCCCGUGCUCUUCGACACAUUUUUGAUUCUAAUAUAGGAAAAUCGAGGUUCAAUGACCUCUUAACUCGAGCUUUCUUCACCCAAACAAUAUUGAGUAAUCUUCAACAAGAUUGCUCUCUCUCUCUCUCUCUCUCUCUCUUUCUCAUUGGUGGUGUUUACUGUUCCUAUCUCCUUCUACACUUUAGAGCUUCUUGUAGAGAUGAGUUUCAACAAGCUAACACACAUUGUUUUGGGUCUAUAGGACCCUUCUUUACAGACCACAAAAGCUUAGUGGAAUCAUUCCUCAAGUUUCCUGAAACCAAACGUGUUCAAGACGCAAAAUCCAAUGUUCAGACAAAGAAUGCUUGUUCAAGCACAUAUGCUACUCGUUUAGUCACCUGCUUCCCACAUCUAAACAUGGUUGAGCAUACCUGUGCACAACUCUUGUUGCUUGUUCGAGUACUUACCUUUGCCCAUUUGAGGAGCUCACACGAUGUCUCUUUGUUGCUCCCAACUCUACAUAAUGAAGUUGUACUAACUUUUGUUGAUCUUAUUGCUGCUAAAAGAGAAAAGAAAACUGGAAAUAAGAUUUUAAAAGUUAGAUCUGGUGCAGAAGACUACUUUGAUACAUGCUUUCUGCUCAAACAUGCUUCUCCAUACAUGAAAAUCAAGUUUUUUGAAAUCAAAGAAACUUUAAAUGUACCCCGUAGGAAGAGACGUAUUGACAUAAAUGGUAAUGAAAAGAAAAAACGACCAAAGUUGAGUGGUAUUGACGGCAAAAAUGAUGUUUCUAUAACUACUACAGCAUCAGAAAACUUGCAAAAAGGUCAGAAUUGACACAACAAAUAUCUUUUGAGUGGAAGCCAAAGAAAUCAUGUGUCGAGAAUGAGUGAAAAUUCACUUCCCAAAGUUACCUCUAUUGAUUUAAACAUACAAAGGCAGUACUAUGUCAUGCAAGGUUUCAAGGCUCUCUGGGGUGCGUUGAAGCAGUAUAAGGAAAGAGUCAAGGUAAUGCAAUUAGAUAUUGAUAUACUGACGGAGAAUCUUAGAUAUGGACGUGCUCAACAUCUGGCAAUGAAAGAGGAACUACUUUAUCUGAAGUCUCAAGGUUCAUAUCAUAAACAAGUUCUUGGUGUUGUUAGCUGUUCUUCUGGAGGGCCAAAUUCGGAGGAAGUAUGUGUUGGCAAUCCUGAUUUGGAGGAGGAAAGUAGAUCUGCCUCCAUGGAUGAGGAAUUUCCGAAACCUCAGGGGACUGGACCUGCUGAUGUUUCAAAGAUUUGUACAAUCAUUGUUGAUUCUGGUUGCUCUAUGGAAGGCUCAAAUUCUGAGGAUGUGAGUCCUGAUUUGAAGGGGAGAAAUCAAUCUGCAUCCUUGAAAGAUGAAUGUCCGGAGCUUCAGGGCAGUGAACCUCUUGGUGAUUCGAAGGUCCAUGUCGGAGCUGUAACAUCUGUGUCUAAGUGGGGGCUUGCUGUUGAUGAGAGUAUUGACUCUGAUGCAAUCAUGACAAGGUGCUCUGACGACACUAGCUUGGCUUCAACUGAUGUUAAAAUGUCUUUUCCAGAAAGUUUUCAGGCACUGCAGUCAUCGGUGGAAUGCCGAAUUUCACAUGACAUAAGGGAAUAUGAUGGCCAUGAGAAAGAUCAAAUGAAGGAAUGUGAUAAAGAAUUAAAAGGUCCAUUGUCUUCAGAUGCUUUUGACGGUUUCCCUAGGCCACAUGGCAUAGAUCUGAUGGAUCAGAGCGAAAGUUUGGGUUGUGACGUACAAAACAAGAUGGAUAAAGAAAAUGUUGUGCACGGUCCAGGAAGCAAUUUGGACUCUGAGCUGGAAACCAAAGAAACCUUUUACUCUGUAGCUUCAAAAGCUAUUUCAUAUCAUGACAUGGUUAAGGAACAUGGUGCAAUCGGUCCAAGGAGCAGUUUGAACAUAGAGUUGGAAAAGAAGGAAGCUUCUCACUCUAAACCUAUGAAAGCUGAGCGGCCCAAAAGGCGACUUAUGCCAGCUUCAUCAUUAUUGUUGAGGGAUGCUAGGAACCUUGAUGUGACAGACGACAAUUUGAAGUUACAGGCAAGUAGAGGUGGACGGAAGGCGGUUGAAGAUGAAUAUAAAAGAAGCAAGGGUAAUGCUUCUCUUUUACGACUGCUAAAGAACCAUCUUCCUCGAUAGCCAUGGCUCUGUGUUGAACCUUAUUGUAGGGCAAGGGCAAAUGCUUCUCUUUUGCGACCGCUCACGAACUAUCUUCUUUGAUAGCCAUAGCUCAAUCUCGUAGGCUUACAUUGUAAGGCGAGUUUGUAAAAAUGGGAGUCUCCUUACUUGUGCUCCAUCGAUUUUAGUUCACUACUCAACAGUCCACGAUAUAUUACAUUAUUUGUAGGCUAUAUGAUCUAUACCCCUAUCUAACCUAAUUAUGUGCUUGUAUAGACUUGUAAAUUUAUCUUCACAUUGAUGCCUAAUGCAAGAAUCGUUGGCAUUAACCAUGGUACUAUUGUACUGCGUAGGCGCUUACCUAUGUUUUUGUGUGUUUCUUUGGAGCAUAAAUAUUUGAUUAUUUAACAUAUUGUACAACUCUGUUUAAAGAAUAUUACUAUAUCCCUAAAUAGGGUAGUUUAUUUAAUUAAUUGUUAGUUUUAAA